AUGGAAAUUUCCCUUUCAAGUUAUAAGUUUAAUAAUUUGUUUGAUAUUGAACUUGAUCGUUUGGCAAUAAUACCAAAAAACAAGGAAAACAAAUCAUUUCGAAUAACUGUUAAAAAAUCGAGAAUAUUCAUCACUAAUUGGUUUGCAUUUAUCGUUUUAAUCGUUUCUAUUCGCUUUUUGAACUACAGAUAUAUUACUUUAUUUUUCAAUUUUUUAUCUAAAUUUACUAAAAGAAAAAUUGCGAGCUUAAAGCUAGGUGACAUAGAAAUAUAUCAUUUAAAAAGGAAAAGCUCUGAAACUUCAGAUGUUCGAAAACCAAAUUUUAUUAAUUUUCUUUUUUCGUAUUUUGAUAUUGAACUUUACAAUGUUCGGUUAUUAACGGAAUAUGAAUUAUUAAGCAAAACAUUUUUAUUUGGUACUAAUAUUGGAAUAGUGUCAAAAAAAGAUAAUACAUUAAAAAAAACAAGUAUUUUGGUCAGAAGGAUUUCAAUUAGAUUUAAUGAGCACUUUGACAAUAUCUUUGCUUAUAAUAUACUUAAUUUAAUUGGGUCUAAAACAUUUUUUUUUUCAGUAUUCAACAAUAGAGAGACUGUCCUAUCUUUCCCAGGGCUUUUUAAUAUAGAUGUCAUUAAUUCUGAGAAUGGUUUAUCGAUCUCAAUACUUGAAGAAAAUAUUGAUGAGACCUACUCCGGUCUUUACCUAUCAGUUCCAUUAUUAAAUUAUAUUUUAAUUAAUUUAAAGUCUUUUUACAUCAGUAAAAAUGUAGAUAAUUUAAUUCAAACUACUUUUAAUUGGAAACUUAAAAUAUUGAUGAAUUUUAAAAAAAUAGUUUUUAAAACCCAUGGAAGUAAUCAAUUAUUAUUAAAAACCAAUUCAAUAGAAUUGACUUUAGAUUCAAGCUUUAAAAAUAAAUAUCCACUUUUAAUCAAAUUUUUAAAUUGUUACUUUUUAAUUAACUCAGAAAACUUUAUCAAGAUUUCGGAGUUUAUAAUUUACUUUAAUAUUAAAGAUUAUAUAUUAAAAACAAAAAUGAUUCAUUUAAGGCUAUACUCCAAAAUUAUAAAUUUAAAUGAUUUCAACAACUAUGACGUUGAAAUUCCAAAAAUGAGUAUUUACACAAGUAAAAUCAAGUAUUGUGAAGAAAGUCUCUCAUUAAUAUUUGCGACUCACAUAGAAUUAAAUAGUGAGUUAUUGAUCAUUAAAUCGGCAGUGAAAGAAGAUUUACUUCACCAAAACCUUUACCUUAGAAACGAAAUUUCAGAUUUGCUUGAAUUCCCUGAUAAUAUAUAUUUCUUCAUUGCUAGUGACAAAAAAACUAAUUAUUCUCAAUUUUAUACUCCUCAAGAAACAAUUGAAAAUAAAAACUUGAACUUUCGAACAAAUUUCAAUUUUGAUUCAAGUAUUCAUUUAAUUUAUAAUAAUUAUAAUAUCGAACUAUUUAUUGAAAAGAGUAAAAUCAAUUUAAUAAUUAACUCAAAUGAGAAGAUUCUAAAUAUUACGGACUUUGAAUUAGUUCAGUACAAUUAUUUAAAUGAACAUAUGUUCAAAAUAAAUACAAAAUCUAUCUUGAUUAAAUUCGUAAGUUAUAAUUCAAAUAUUAUUUUCCAAGAGGUAGCUAUUGAAAAGAAAAGUGAAAUAUACAUUUUUUCAAGAGAAAUAUCAAUAUCUAAAAUUCAAAAAACAUACGAUAUGAAUCUUUCAAACCCAAUAAUUUAUUUAUAUUCAGAAAACCUCUCGAAUUUCAACUCAAUGUUUCUUGUGUUUGAAGUGGAAUACAUAAAUUUUAUUUUUCAAAAAAGCAUUUACUACUGGAAAUCGAUUGAAAUAUAUAAAAUAAUUAUUAAACAAAGUUUUUCUAAAGAUGAUUCAUUAAAUUAUGAGUUAUUAAAAAUGGAUGGAGAUUCAAUUAAAGUUCAUUAUGAAAAUACAGGUAAAAAAAGUUUAACAAUUUGCAUUCCAAAACUAUUAAUAGCAGUAAAUAAGAAUCAAAUCAUGAAGCUGAGUUAUUUAAUAUCAUAUUUUAAAAAGAAUCCUAUUAGAAAAGUUAGCAGAACUGUUCAAUCAAAUAUAGUUAUAUUAUUAAAAAAUGCAAGCAUACACUAUUACAAUCAUAAUGAAAAUAUAUGUAAUACUUUAUUGACGUAUUUUGGGAAUGGCAAUUUUAUAUUUUCAAUUAAUAACAAGCUUGAAAUUGAUAUUUAUUCAAAAUUCAAUCAAAUUGAAAUUAUGACAGGAGAAAUUCAGCUUUAUAACUGCAAAACAAUUAAAUUGCCACAUUACAAUGAAACUUUAUAUUCAAAACUUCAAAAAAGAAAAUUAUGUUGUGAUAUUGUUUAUUAUGAAAUUUUUAAAAAACUGAGAACUUACGAAUUCAUUGAUAAACAUGAAAUUCAAAGUUCGGACAUUAAAGAAAAAAUAUUUCCAAUAUUUAUUAGUGGUCUCUGUAUAUCUCAUAACUUACAUAUAAGGCUAAAGAAAAAAAAGAAAAUAACAGUUUGCUAUGAAUUUAUCAAAGAUUCUAUUUUUGAAAGUUUAAAUUCUUUUAACGAUAAAAUAUUCAUUCUAAUAAACUCCCGUGAUUAUUUUAAUUCCAAUAAUUUGUUUUCUUUCAAUAACUUUUGCAAUAGCAGAUACAAAGUAUUAAAAUUUUUGGAAAAGGUUAAUGAUAACUGUCAAUUUGAAAUCAGAUUUCAAUGCUUAAAUGUAUUAUUAAUGAAAACCCUGCUUGAUUCAAAAUAUCUAGUCUUUAAUUUGAAUGGUAUUUCUUUCUCUAACUUUAACUUUUUUAUAUUGGGUAUUGAAAAGUUUCAGAUAUUAAUUAAGUAUCCUAGCAGGAAUUUUAGUGGAGAAUAUUUGAAUAUACUAGUAAGUAAUAAUUUAAUUAAAGCCAAUCUAGAGAUUUUAGACUCUAAAAUUAUUUUUGAUGCUGAAAAGCUAAUUUUUCACUUAAAUUUAAAUUAUUUAAUACAAAAAUUUGAAUCCCAAAUUGGAAUAAUUAAAUUUGAAGUUUCUAAAAAUUUAAUAAACGUUGUUACAGACAUUUUGUUUAUUUCAACAGUUAAUAAUCAAAAAAAUGAGAUAUAUUCGAUAAAAUAUUAUCAAGGAACGAAAUUAUUUGAUUACUUGUUGGAUAUGAGGCAAUCCCCAAGCUUUAUUAAUAAUCUUAUGUUAGCUUCGAACGAAGAAGUAUCGCUUGUCCCAUAUUUUCAUAUUAAUUGUUUAAGCAACGCAAAAUUUAAUAUGAAAAACAUUGAAAUACCUUUAUUAUAUGAUUCGGUGUAUUUGUUUGACUUAAAUAAUUCAUUUUUUGACAGAAUUUAUUCAAGCUAUAAUCAACUUUAUUAUUCUCGUUAUUUCAAUGAUAACGUUUAUUCAAUCAACUGUAAGAUAGAAUUUGGCGAGAUUAAUGUGAAUAAUGUCGAAUAUGAAAUACCGUACUUUAAAAUGUGUGAAUUUUCGACGAAUUCUGCCAUUAUUGGAUUUAAAGUGUGCAUUUCUUCACAAAUUUUUAAAGACUUACUUUUAUUUUUUGGCCCUGAGGUUUUGAGUUAUUCAAAUGCAUUUGAGAGAGUCAUCAAAAUUGGAAAAAACCAAACAAUUGAGAUUCCAUUUGAUUUAAUUGCUAUUUACCCUGAAUUGAUGAUUCUUAGAGAUGCAAAUACUUUAAAUAGAAUUGGUAGUGAUUUAAUAUUUUCUCGAAAUAACUCAAUAAAUGUUAUUGAAAUAAUAAAAAAUAUAUUAAAAAAACCUGAAAAAUUGUAUUUUAACUACGGUCUAAUUAACCCUAGCCUUUGCAUUGGUUUGGAGUGUAUUUAUUUGGGUGGAUCUUGUCUCAAUAUAAAUAUUUUCAAUACUGUUAGUAUUAUUAAUAUAUCAGGAGAAUCUCUAAAUUUCAGUUUGUUUAGCGUUUUAAACAACAAAGUGAUGUAUGCUAACAAAAUAGAAAAUAUAAGCCGAAUAUUUAUUGAAAACAUUGACACAAAUAAUGAUUCAGUUUUGUUCAUUAAGGAUUCAACAGAAGCAAUUGGAAGUUUCUAUAUCGAUUUUAAAAAAAUUAUUUAUUUUGAAAGUCAAAUUUUAGCAAAUGAAAGUAUAGUCGAGUUAAGUGAAGCUCAGCCUCAAAUAAAUAAUAUUAAUUACAGGGUUUCAUUAAUUAAAGACAACAUUAGUUAUAUUAUAAUGGUGUGGAGCUCAUUAAUAAUAAUAAAUUAUUCCAACUUUAGCUAUCUUUUAAAGGUUGUUGAUAUAGAAAAUCGAGAAUAUUAUUUUCUGGGGGAAAAACCACACAAAAAUAGUUUAAAUAAUUCAACAAUAAAAAGAAAUUUUAUUAAGAAAUGUUUAUUCGGUGAUGAUGAUUCAAAAGAUUUUAUUGAGCUGAAAAUAAAUUUAGAAGGUUAUUUGAAAACAUCUUCAAUAUCAAGACAAAGAGAAAAAAAUAUUAUAAUAGAACUAGAAAAUUACAAGAAUUUAAUAGAAGAUCAUUUCAUCUUAAAUACUUUAGAUAAAUACUCUAUUAAAAUUAAUGCUGUGAAAUUAAUGCCUAUAUGGGCAAUUAAAAAUAAAUCUAACUUCAACAUUAAAAUUACAUAUGGGAAAUAUAUUAAUAUUCCAAUCAAAUCAAAAACUGGGUACCUAGACAAUACAAGUUUAGUUUCUAGUAAAAAUUUUAAUUACUGCUUACAAGAGCAAAUAAAGAUUGCUUUUGAUGGAUUUAUUAAUUUCUGUCUAAUCAACUUAAAAAAUUGUGAGCCUUAUGAUAAACUGGUAAAUUUAUAUUAUAAUGAUGAACUCCCAAAUAAGGAAUGGAAAUUAGUUAAAAUAUCUUUUAAUACAUUAAGAAGUGGUUGUGCUUCAAACUUUAAUACUGGAAUUUAUCUAGAAAUAAAUGAUUUUAACGAAAGUGAAUGCUCAAAUUAUUUUGUCUUCCAAAAUAAAACAAACUUUACAUAUUUAUUGACGCAAACAAAUGAUUUAGUUGAAUUUAAUAGCCUUGACUUAAAUAUUCAUAGAAAGGAAAGCUUAAAGAACAAAAUAUGGGAGAAAACUUUAAUUGAGAAGUUCUCAAAAUUUUCUUUAAACAAUAAUAAAAUAUUUAAUCAUAAAUUUUCAAUUUGCCUAGUUCCAGAGAAAAUAAAUAAUCAGCUUUUAUUUUGGGCUAAAGAAAGAACUCAAGACAAUAAUAGUUUCGUUAAUGUUAGUUUUUACGAUGAUUCAAAUAACAUGCAAGUCUUAUUAGAACAAAUUCCAGCAUUUUUAUGCAUGAAAACAAUAACAAAACCCAUAAAAUUUACUUAUUGUGAUCUAAGUGGUAAAAAUAAUGUAUGCCAAUUUUUUUUAAGUAUAUUUAAGCUUGAGAAUGAAGUUACACAUAUAGUUUUCCAUGAACCUUCAUUGAUUCAAACAUAUAAUGUAACCAUUCCUUCAUAUUUUAUUCAAAAACAUAAUGAUUGCCAAUUGGUGGCCACAGAAAAAAUAGGAAUGGAUUUUUUUUUAUGUAUAAGAAAAAUUGUAUUAACUUUAUUUGACAAAAUCGAUUCCGAUAAAGUAUUAAAAGUAAAGUGGAGUUUAUCUCCUAGGAAUUCACCCAAGAGAACUAAUCAAAAUUUAUCUCUUAUUCCAUCAAGAAAAAAAGACCAAAUUAAUUUUUUCCCAGUUUUUCAUAUUGUUUUUGAACUGCUAUCGAUUAAUAUUCAAGAAAAAAUUGAUACGUUCAACUUAUUUGAUUCAGUAUAUAAAAUCCAUUCUAAGUUAAAUAAACUUUGUUGUAAAAUUUCAAAUUAUGAGACCAUAAUAUUUGAGGUGAAUAAUCAAAGGAAUAAAAAUAGUGAAGAACAAAUUAUAAUAAAUUUUAAUUGUUUUAAUUUGAAAAAAAGAAUGAAUAGUAUACCACAGUUUUCAAAAAAAUACCAAAUAGAAAAUUUGGUAGUUAAGUUACCAUUUCUUGAUUUUAAUCUAAACCUAAAUAUUUAUUUCCGUAAUUUUUUACAGAACUAUACAUUAGAUAAUCAAGUAAAUACAAAGGAUACAAGCAACUUAACAGGGUAUAUCUUGAUCUUUGAUAUUUUCCCCUGUGAAGUAAACAUUAAUGAAUUAUUUAUUAAUAAAAAACUGAGAAUUUUCAACUGUAAGUAUUCCAUCGAGUCCCCUAAAAGAAUUGUAAUUAAUGAAACUAAUUCACUAAUUAACCUAUCAAAACAUUUUUUAAAAAAAGCUACUUAUAUUAUUAUAAGAACAUUAUUAAAUAAAAGUCUAAAUCCUCUAAUAUAUUUUUAUUAA